UCAUACCUUCCGACAGUGAAUGCACAGCAUCAGCCUACACUAAGCCAAAUGCGAUGCUCAGACAAGAGCACUAGGUGCAUACUUUUGAAGAACGAUGAUUGGGUAGGACUGCUACCCUGGUCUGCAUAUUGUGGCUUGGAAAACCCCGCCUUCGAAGGCUAACACAUUGCUGUGAUCACCGGAGUUCUUACAGCCUGAGCGUUUUGCGAUAAGUUUGCUAUCUCCACGACUGCACUAAUAUCAGACCGUCCUGCUAGCUUCUUACAUGGCGACCUCUACCCGCCCCGAUUAUGGCCCCGAUCUGUUAACCGAUGAAGAAAACCAGCAGCUUGACAAUUUCUUCUCCGUGCGUAACACGAUUGACCAUCCCAACGAGCGAUCAGCCUUCAACGAGGAAACAGACGUCGACCACAUUCAACGCUGGGCAGGUUACGCCUUCCAACGGGCUACUACUCCCCUGACCGAACAGCCACCUUGUGAAUACAUCGAUGGUGUAUCAUUGGACUGGUCUGGCCACGGGACUUCUCACGUUGAUUAUAAUAAGUCUGAUGUGCUUCCCCUCACACAAGGCAAAUUUCUAGGGCAUGGUAUGCACGGUGGAGUGUACGAAACCAGCUGUAAUGGUGUCAAGCUCGCGUGGAAGCGCAAAUACUGUCGUCGCAAGAUAGGCGAAAGAGAAAGACGGGAGAUUGAGGUCAUCAAGAAACUCUCGCAUCGUCAUAUCAUUCGGCUGAUGGGUACCUAUACGCACGGCCCGUUUCUCGGAUUAUUGUUGUGGCCAGUCGCGACUUGUGACCUCGCCAGCCUCCUCGAAGACGUCGAUUGGCUGCAGAAGCCGAUUCUGUUGGAACAAGGACUGCCUCUCAAGCUGUCAGAGGAAUGGACGGAACAAACAGAGGAACGAGAGGCAAGGCUUCAAGCACUUGGAAUCCUACUCGGAGGCGUAACAACAUUGGCCCGUGACUCAGCGGUAGCUUUUCUAAAGAGCACGAUUGGCUGUAUAGCCAGCGCAGUGGCGUAUAUCCAUGAGUCUGACAUCAAGCACAAAGACCUGAAGCCAUCUAAUAUCUUGCUCUCGAGGAAUGGCUUAUGGCUGACAGACUUUGGCACUGCGACAGACUUCUCGGUGCUAACCACCAGUGUCACGGACAAUGGAGAACGAGGCACACCAAAAUACUUCGCGCCAGAAGUUGCGAGAUUCGAGCCUAGUGGGCGUGCAGCAGAUAUAUUCUCGAUGGGCUGUAUCUUCUUCGAGAUCAUGAUACUCUGUAUUGAGUGUUCACUAGACCUCAGUGUAACGCUCAGGAGUAGGAAUGACCGAUCCUUCCAGUCGAAUUUGGACAAUGUGAAAGUCUGGCUCAUUGAAGACGAUUGGUCAGACCCGCAAGAUACGCCAAGUAUUGAAGAAUAUCUCUCGGGCCUGGUAGGCUCGAUGAUGGAUGUAGAGGUAGAUAAGCGCCCAACCGCUAGUAUAGUUGAGUGGGAUGUUGCUAUAAUAAGUGGUAAGUGCUCCGCUUAUCGUUCGCUGUAUGAGUCGUCUAAAGAGCCAGGCAUCUAUCGAGACUGUUGCUAUCAGGAGGCUUUCCGCAACCAGAGCAGGGCAAUGCUACCAAUUCUAGGCACCGAGGUCAUGAUUAAUAUCACGUUUGGUAGAACGUACUUGCUCCCACCAUAUCAGAACAUCUGGACAUUUCACAUCGGAUAUGUCGACGAAAACCUCAUUCAAUCUGUCCAGAUGUUUGCCGCCCAACGGACUUCCAAAAGUCAUCGUAUCUUCCACUCAUUGCCUUGCGGAAUUGACGUCCAUCGUGACCAUGGCGUCAGUGCAUGUUUAAUUCUUCGCCCAGGCUUUAUAUGGACCAGUUCAAUAGCUCAGUCGGUGCCAAAGACCAAUGACAAAAGGGUGAUGCCAUUGUUUUGGCUGAGCAAGUUUGGCCCAGGAGAUUACAGCAUCACGCAGUCCUUCAUUGUGCAAAGAGCAUCUUAGUGUAGGAGAUAAGGGAAGCGAAGCAAAGAACCGCUACAGUAUUUCCAACAGACAAUUUUUCGUCCAUU